UUACAAUGUGAGCUUGUGACCCUUAAUACGUCGACUUAAUUUGUUUCUUCUAACAAUUUAGGAGUUUACACGCCUAGAGUACAAUGUUGGGGAGCAUCUGGAACUUUGUAAAGCGUCACAGAAGGAAAUUCUUCGUGCUUGGUGCAUUUGCAGGAGGUGCAGCACUUUUGUACAAGUAUGCCGAGUGGAAGUUGAAGGAAUGGAGAGAGACGGAAGAAGCAGAAUGCCUUGCAAUGGCUCGAAGACAGCACCAUUUCGAGAGCAACCAGCGAACUUGCAAUGUGACAGUGCUGUCCAUGAUUCCUAAGCUGAGGGAAUUGCUUCUUCAUCAUCUUAACUCAGAAGAGCUCAUACAGAGACUUAAGUCAGGAACUGAAAACAAGGUUUUGGUGUGGAAUGAAUUAAAAGUUGUUAGUUUCACACGAAUGGUGGUAGCUGUAUACAGUACUGUGUUGUUAACAGCCUUCCUCAGAGUACAGCUCAACAUUCUAGGGGGCUACAUGUAUCUUGAUACCCUGGCUGGGAAGAAUGGCCUGACGUACUACAAGGUGCAUGCCACCCAGGAUGUACAAAAAGAAUAUCUUGCCAUGGUACAGUACCUAUUAACAGAUGGUUUGACCGAGCUUAUCAACCAUGUUAGAGAAGUUGUGCAGAAUGUUGUUGGAAGCAUAUCAUUACAGCAACUCCUCAGCCUCUCAGACAUGGAGGAGAUCAUAGCAAAGGUCAGAGGUCAAGUUGAAACAACACAGUAUGGAGGAGAAGUUGUGGUACCGGACUGUUCCAUUCAUCCCCUGGGGAGGUACCUUCUUAAGCCGGAGGGACUAGAUGGAGAGGAAUCUGCAUGUCAGCUCAGCGAAGACCAGCUUGUGUUGACUGCAAUACAAUUAGAAACUAGGGAUUUAAUUGAAAGCCAUGAUUUUAGCUGUGUGGUGAAUUCUUGCCUCGAUAUCGGGUUCAGCCGUCUAUUGGACAACAUGGCCGAGUUCUUCAGACCAGUUACAACUCGAAAUGGAGAAAGCCCGUGUGGUCUCAAACUAGCCAUGGCCAAAGCCAUUCCAAUCGUUAACGGCCAGGUCAACGCACUCUGCUGUGAUACCCCAAAUCAUUUUGUCCAGGAGUUGCUACUGAUGCAGUGUGUGAAGGAUUUUGCUUCCAAUGUCUACGAGGCAUUCAGCCAACCUCCGGCCCACGAAGAAAGAAACGGUGACGCCAGGUCGCCUCAUCAAAAUGGCAACACACAAAGGAUUUGAAAUGUGUGAUUAUAGACUGGUUAUGAAAAGUUUGAGAUCCAGCACGUAGGACAGCAUGUGGGACUAGAUUCAGCGUUACAGAGGAAAAAGAACAAGGUCAUUCCUUUAUACUUAAAAGUGGCGAAAAAAGAGUGGAACUAUACUGCUUUUGUACAGACUGUCUGCAGCAGAUUGACAUAACGCAUGGUACAUCUAUGAACCAACACCAAUUUCAGCAUGUGGGACCAUACAAAGAGAGCAUAAGUGGGAAGAUGGAAAUGUAGCCCUAUCAAAAUGACUUAAAAAAGUGAAAUAUACAAUAAGUUCAUUGCAUAGAUUUAAGCACCUGGGACCGGACGGAGAGUGACAGAGAGUAGAAGGAUGUAAAGUACUUCAGGUUCAGUGGGAUACUACAAGAAUGAGACGCAAGCCUACAUCGAUUUCCAUAUAUGGGACCAAGCAGAGAGUAGCAGAAAAUGUGAGAAAGUUUGAACAUCAUUACUGAUAUUUCUAUAUUGCUAUAUGGAAAGAACAACUGAAGAGAAAGAAAUCAAUUGUUGCUUAGAAUUCCAGAAAAAUUAGCAUUCAAGAUGGAUUUCAUCAUAAUCGUGACUACGAGAAGUAUAAUUUUCUUUCAUCCAACAUGGAUAUCAGUUUGUGGGACCUACGGUAUAGUCAAAGAAGAGUCAAAGUUCUGACUAGAAAAGGAGUACUACAAAGACUUUUAGCCAUGUUAUCUAUAUGUUCUUGCUCUUUUUCAUUAUUCUAUGCUACAGUUUUUCUUAAAAAGUUUGAGAUGCAUGUAGACAAUUAUUCAAGCAGUCUUAAUUACAAAUAUGGAGGUGUCAGGAAGGAGUGGAAUCAGUUUGCUCUCGUCUGACCCCAAGCUUAAGUGUCGCCGAUAUGUUACAUUUAGGUGCUAAUCUGCAUCUGUUAACCGGCAGGUUAGAUAAUGGAAUUCCCAAAUUGUAAGUGUUCAACUCUUUGCCCACAAUGGAUAUAAUGCAUCCUGUGCCAAAUCAAAUUUUAGGGUGCAACCUUGGACUCUGCUAAUAGAGUCACAAUAACUUUUAAUUGGUUGAAUGUAAAGAAAAGCUUUGGGUGUACACAUUACAAUGCGAUACACACAUCCCCGUUACUCUAACCCUAUGCCCUUUGAGGAAUAAGACUGGAGCAAAUGUCACAGGAAUAAUGUUAUGUCACCUUACACUGUAUGUAUAUGUAUGUGUGUACAUGGUACAAUACACUUAAUGCACUCUGUGUGUAUGGUAUCUCAUCAACUGUUAUCUGUCCAUAUUGAUGAUACAUGUAAUGUGUUUCAUGAGUGAACGCACGGUCACAAAGUUUGGUAAUUUCAUACUUUUUUCAAUUGCAAAAAUACAAAAAACAUGCGAAAACAUACACAAGCAAAGUACUUUAUAUUAUCAAAGAUUUAAUCAUGGAUUAAACGACAGGACAUUUAAAUUUGGGCAAGUGAUCGGAACAUUCUCAAAUAAUGAAUUUUUGUAUCUAAUUCUCCUUUGAUCGACUCUGGUACAUAUAUUAAGAGAUGGGCAUAGUGUUAAAUUCGAGAAAUUGUUUAGUGUCUAUUCCUAUCACAAGCAAUUCAUGAGCUUUAUCAUUUAUAUAAUAGCAAUUUAACCAAUAUUUCUAUGGAUUUCAAAACUGGUACUAGGCUCCCGAACAUCACCUCAGCAGAAGAAUGGGAUUUCAAAGCCAAGCGGAAAGUUA